AUGAAUCACUUAGUCGACGAGGAAACUGAAUGUCGCACUCUUCCCCUAUCAAGAAUUUUAUGGUCUGUAUGUGAUAAAUCCAAAGAUCUUUUACAGAUAUGUUUCGAGUCAUGCCGGGCAAAGCUAGGCGAGACGUCGUUGUCUACAAAAGUCCACCAACGGGUACUAAAAACGUUGAAGUUGUUCGCAUCGAAAGCGGAUUGCAAAAUGCCACAGGACUUUGUGGAGUUCUUGUUUUGGCAUUGUGUAGACGUUCAACAGCACAACGAUUUCCUUGUCAGAAGUGCCGCAACCAUUGUAUUUGGUUUCGUGGUUCGAUACAUCACGAGAAGCCGUGUAGUGCCAGCAUUCUACAUCGUCUCGACUAGAGCUAAGUUUUGGCACGAGAUGGUGAAGAAGUGCUCACUGUUAUCGACCUUACCGUCACGUCAGCGCAUUUUGCUUCUCAGUUUCAUGUCACGCCUCACUUUGGGUCAUAUUCAGUGUUAUUCAGCUUCUGCACAACAGUAA